UCAGAGAGGCAGGAGACCCGCCCAGGCAGCAGCAGUAGCAGCGGCAGGUCUCGGUUGGAGUGUGGGCGGCAGCGGAGCCCGGGGGUUGCGGCGAGAAUAGAGCGGACUUAUGUGACGUCAGGCGGUCAUUCCGGAAUCAGCCCCUCCCCGCCCGACCGUGUGAGGAGAGCUCUUCUUCCGCCUUCUCUGGAACCAGCGGCGGUCGCUCGCUGCUCACCGCGGCCCCUGCUGCGAAGGCUGCCAUGGACGAGCAGGCGGGGCCCGGCGUCUUCUUCAACAACAAUAACAAUUCGCUGCUGUCCGCCGCUGCCGGAGGUCCUGGGGGAGCCGGGAAGGGAUUCGAAGCCGGGGCUUCUGAUGCGGCUUCGACGGCCGGAGGAGCUGCAGGAGGCGGAGGAGGGACGGCCGGCAGGGCCCAGUACAGCAUCCCGGGGAUCCUGCACUUCCUGCAGCAUGAGUGGGCCCGCUUCGAGGUGGAGAGAGCGCAAUGGGAGGUGGAGCGAGCCGAGCUGCAGGCACAGAUAGCCUUUCUGCAAGGUGAAAGGAAAGGGCAAGAGAACCUAAAGAAAGACCUAGUUAGAAGAAUAAAAAUGUUGGAAUAUGCUUUAAAGCAGGAAAGGGCAAAAUAUCACAAGCUGAAGUAUGGAACAGAAUUAAAUCAGGGAGAUAUGAAGCCUCCAAAUUAUGAUUCCGAUGAAACAAAUGAGGCGGAUGUCCAACCACCACAACAGAACAGCCAGUUUAUAUGGAAACAGAGUCGACAGUUACUAAGGCAGUAUUUGCAAGAGGUCGGCUACACAGACACCAUAUUGGAAGUGAAGUCAAAGCGGGUUCGUGCUUUGUUAGGCCUUUCUGCUGAUUCUUCAGACAGACUUACAGAUACAAAUCAAGACUCAAUGGUCAAUGGCACAGAGACCGAGCUUCCCAAUCCUCUCAUCAUAGGGAAACCAGAUAUGACAGACUCUGCUUCUGUUCUCGAGACCUUUAAAUUUCUGGAAAAUGCUGCAGCUGAGUUUAGCGAUGAAGAGGAUGAUGAAGAAAAUGACGGCAGAGACAAGACUGUGAUUGAUGCUGCAACGAUUGUAAGGAGAAGAGUUAUACCUGAUCCCAAUGAAGACCGGGACACAGAAGAGGCUUUGAAGGAGUUUGACUUUUUGGUAUCUGACGAUACUGAUGGAGGAGAAUCAAGAAGUGCGGGUGAUGGCACUGAGUGGGAAAAGGAAGACCAGUGUCCCAUACCGGAAUCCUGGAAUGUCGAUCAGGGAGUAAUAACCAAGCUCAAGGAACAGUACAAAAAGGAGCGCAAGGGGAAAAAAGGGGUGAAGAGAAAAACCUCAGAAGAAAUGUCUCAGCCUGUGUCCCACAUAAAACAAUCAAAACAGGCAUGUGGGAGCAUGUUGGAGAAAAGCUCAGGGCCAAACCGAUCAAAACUCCAAGAUAUGCUGGCAAACCUUCGAGAUGUGGAUGAAUUGCCAUCAUUACAGCCAUCCGUGGUCUCCUCUUCACGGCCAGCAAGCUCACGGCUCAGUGAACAGGAAAUAAACAGAACAGAUGAAGUUGAAGCAUUAACAUUUCCACCAUCGUCUGGAAAAUCUUUUAUUAUGGGACCUGAUGAAGCAUUAGAAAAUGAACUGGGUUUGGGAGAAUUGGCAGGACUUACAGUAGCCAAUGAGGCAGACUCCAUGACAUAUGACGUUGCAAACAGUAAAGAUGCCCUUAGGAAAACAUGGAAUCCCAAAUUCACUCUUCGAAGUCAUUUUGAUGGAAUUCGUGGCCUUGCAUUCCACCCAAUAGAGCCUGUUCUGAUAACGGCAUCAGAAGAUCAUACGUUAAAAAUGUGGAAUCUACAAAAGACUGCCCCAGCAAAAAAGAGUACAUCUCUUGACGUAGAACCAAUUUACACAUUCAGAGCACAUAGGGGCCCUGUUCUAUGUGUGGUAAUGAGCAAUAACGGGGAGCAGUGUUACAGUGGAGGAACAGAUGGCAUUAUCCAGAGCUGGAAUACACCGAACCCAAAUGUGGAUCCAUACGAUUCUUAUGAUCCUUCUGUACUACGAGGGGCAUUUGAAGGCCACACCGAUGCUGUGUGGGGCUUGGUGUACAGUGCGAGCCACCAGCGCUUAAUGUCUGCCUCGGCAGAUGGUACAAUAAGAGUAUGGAAUGCCCUGGAAGCCUCUCCUGCAUUAACAAUAUUUAACGAUAACCAAGAAUUAGGAAUUCCUUCGUCUUUGGACCUAGUAAGUAGUGACCCAGCCCAUAUGGUCGCAUCAUUUAGCAGCGGUCACACAAGCAUCUUUAACAUGGAAACACAUCAGAAAGUCCUAACGUUAGAGUCUUGCAUAGAUACAGGUAUUAAUGCUAGCUGCCAGAUAAAUAGAGUAAUCAGCCAUCCGACUCUUCCAAUCAGCAUCACUGCUCAUGAAGAUCGUCAAAUCAAAUUUUAUGAUAACAAUACAGGAAAACUGAUUCAUUCAAUGGUUGCUCAUUUAGAUGCUGUAACAAGUUUAGCUGUUGAUCCUAAUGGAUUGUACCUGAUGUCUGGAAGCCAUGACUGUUCUAUACGUUUAUGGAACUUGGAAAGCAAGACGUGCAUACAGGAAUUUACAGCUCAUCGAAAGAAAUCUGAUGAAUCAAUCUACGACGUAGCAUUCCACCCAUCAAAAUGCUACAUAGCAAGUGCGGGCGCUGAUGCCCUUGCCAAAGUUUUUGUAUGACAUCAAUAUUACUAGUAGCUUUUAAUUUACCCAAGCAGCCACGUGAAACCAGAGACAUUCAACUAAUGCCAGAAGAUUUGAUUUAGCCAGACUUUCUUCUCUUGUGUUCAGCGAUCAGGAUAAGAUACAAAAGUAAUGUUUUGGGUUUAGUUUUGUUGGGUGCUGUUUUCUAAUCGAAUGGUUUGUUCAGGGUGCUGUGAACUCAUAUGGUGCUUGGCGCCAAUAUUCUGUCUUGCAAAUGAUCUUACAGUAGCAGAGUUUUAUUUUUAAGAGUGCACAUUUGACCAGGCAGGCCUGGAUCAAAUUGGCUCCCAUCUACCAGUAUGUAUGGUGGCUGUGGCAACUGGAUCAGAUUAUGGGAAAGCUGACCAUUGGAAUGGCAAGUAACUACGUGAAGGGAAACAUGCCAUGAGAGUUCUUCUUACCAUUUAUUUUCUUCACCAACCGCUCUACUCUAGCAAGUUUUUUUUUUUUUUUUAAACCUGGACCUGCCCAAAUCUAUUUGUGCAUCUUUCUGUUAAACAACUGUUUGAAAAUGAAAGUUACUAUCUCUUGGUCAGAUAAUGACACCUCAGAUCAGUGUAUAAAAGUACAAUAGGACAUAUAUUUGAAGUGUUUUUUUUUUUUUUUUUUUUUUUUUACUACCGAGGUUUGUACCCUUCGAAUGUACUUCUAGAAAACAUAUUAGGUUUCUGAGAGGGUGAAAUGCUUUUAAUAUAUUACCCAUGACCUGCACCAUCACAGAAAUAGUAAUCUCUUCUUCUUUAGUACCGGCUUAUAAAUGUACAACUUUAUAUUUUUUCUUAAGUGAUUUUGCUGCUGGUUUUCAGUGUAGCUUUGGUACCCUAAAAAGGUUGUGUUUUUUUAGGAUUGCUUUCAGUCCAUGAAUCUACUCUUGACCUGUAGAGAGAAAAAACUAUUAAAGCUGGAAAGUAAGAUAUUACAUGAGUAUCUUUUUGGUAGGUUUUCCUCCCAAAUAAUACUGCUUGUAUGACCGCAUCUGAGGGUAUGUCAUUGACUUUUACACAGAGAAAAGGCAGAGAAUAGAGACUCGAUAAAUACUUUUCACAAGGUCAUCAGUUGAAAGGAAAAGUGCUUGUGUGACAUAAGGUUCAAAGAGUCAAAUCUCAUGCUGGCCAUGCAAGGUUUCAUAAAUAUAGUGUAGGGUUGUUGUGUUAGGUCAUGGUACCACAUCAAUUAAUGUACCAUUACAAGUAAGGAAUCGGACUUUGAGGUACCAGAGUACAACCAAAUCUAUAAAAAGAAAUGUUGUUAGGAUUUUGUGCCAAAAAACUGUUUUGCAAAGCUUGGUAAAUUAGUUUAUACUUAAACCUCUAUAUACAUCUUGCCAUAUAGCACUGACCAGUGGUGUAUAUAGAGAGCUGAAACUAUCGCACAUACAUUGUAUAGGCGCAUAUUCCUUGUCUUAAGAUGCUAAAUGUACAAUGGGAGCAGCUCAACAGGUUUCUCAGAUAAAACAGCAUCUGCCUCAUCAGGAGAGUAUUGGAGGUGUAUGUGAUGUAAGUAAUUGUCAACCAAUUGUACCACAGUUGAAACUGUGAAAACCUCCCCCAGGCAAAUGCAAGGGACAAUAUAGGAAAUGAUGGACCACCAGAGCUCCUAUACCAUGUUUAACAGAUGUAUGUAUGGACAUUUUAGAAGCAAUGUUCUUGUGCAACGCAGUAUAAGAUCUUUCAUGGAAAUUACCAAGACCAGGUUCUCCAAUGCUUAAAUGUAGAGCACAUGGAGGGGCGUUAAAAGGACAAUUUGCUCCUCAGGUCAUAACAAAAGUCAAUUAUGGUCCAGAUUCUCAGCGGGGGAACACCAAUAUUCUUAUACGUAACUAGUCUUGAUGUAUACAAAGGUUUAAGUAUAAUACAAUUUAGUAAGCUUUGAAAAAACAUUUGAUAGCACAUGGUCUUAUGUGACUUUUUAAAGUGUUAACAGAGGCUUACUGUUCUUAAAAAAAAAAAAAAGUCUCCUCCCCCUUUCUCCUAUCUAUUCUGCAUACACUGUAUGAAAAAAAGAGAAUCUUUGUAUUUACCUCUAUUUGCUCCGGUCACAUGAUUCAGUAGUUCUGGCCCCUUUGUGUUAGGGAGCGCCUAACAAUAGCUUUGAAUUUCCAGAGCCGUCAAGCCACACAUAGGCUCCCGUUGUCCAUUUGCGGUUGGCUCUCCCCUGCAGCAGCUGCUCCCUGAUACAAGUGAGCUGGAACUGCUGGAUUAUGUGAUGGGACAGGAUUUAAAAUGGGGUAUGUACACAUCUUUUUUUCAUACAGAGCGUUAAAACAUUAACAUUGUUCGCUAAACCGGCUGUAAUAUAUUAAUUCAGUAUGUUUUUAAAAUAAGUGCAGAUUGCCAACAGUCCUAACGUUUUAGAGCUCAUUGCAAAGGUCCCUAACCUUUGUAUUCCACACUGAGAUGUAACAAGCCAAGGUUUAUUAACCAGUUAAGUUCCAGAGCCAUUCCCACAUUUCAGCUAAUAAACCCAAUAUAUUGACAAUAACUUUAUUAUUUAUGAUACGGAAGAGAAGCAAUUUUUUUUUGGGGGGGGGGGUUUAGGGAGGUGUCAAGGCUUUAUUUUGGUUGUUUUGUAUUGUGGUGGGGGUUUUUUUGUUUGUUUUAUAGCUUUCUAAGUAUUUUAAAGGCAGCGUGAAAAAAUGUUUUGUUUCUUUUUUGAUCAGCUUUCAUUUUAAAAAAUGGUGUUACAGCUGAAGUUCGGGCACAAAAACUUGAAUGUAAAUAUGUUCCUCAGUCAACAAAAAAGGAUAUAAAUACACUUUGUAUGCACCAAAUGCCAUUCCAAACCUCAAUAUUACCUUGUAAAAAUAGUGGGGGACAUCAUCACUAUGUUGCAUAUAAGCCUAUACAGAGAGUAGAGCUUUGGGAAGGAUCCAACAUGGUUCACCUACUACAGGCUUUUUACUACAGCUGUGUGUGUACAAGACCACUCACCUUGCUUAGGAACACCGAGCAGCAGUGACUGGUCUUAAUACAGGAAACUCCUUCAGAGGCGACGUUGCACACAGCUGAAAGAGAACACAAAACACAUGCAAGAUUUACGCAAGAAUACACAGGACUGUAGUGUUUGUUAAUGCCGGAGUUCAGCUUUAAUUUUAGUCUGUAAAAUGCCAUUUUUCUAAAGACACCAUUUGGCAUAUGUUUCUUUAACUUUUACGCUAAAAAGAGACUUUUUUUUAUUUUUGUUUUUUAUUGUUUGUAUCAGAAACUCGUAUGCAAAAUAAGAAUUAAUAUAUUGCAAUUGGCUGAUGUGAGACCCCACGAUAGCUACAGUGGUAGCAGUGUUUGCUUACAUUUUUACCGUGCACAAAGCAGGAGCACCUGGGUGGUUAAAAAGCAGUUCUGUUUUACAGGUCUGGACUUUGGUGAGUCCUGACAGCUACAUGAGGGUAUGGACUCAUCAGGGAACAACUCUGUGACAUACAAGCAACAGCCUGUGUCUUUAAACUGGAUCUAUACUUGCGUUUGGCUGACUAUCAGGAAUUAUUUAGCAUGAUAUAAAAUGGUAGAACACUUAUUUAAAAAAAAAAAAAAUUUGCGCAUACCAUUCCUGAUUAGAAGCAGCACAGCACUUUCAGACGUGACCGUGCCUAGUCACUCACCUUUCACUGGAUUACAGUUAUGGUGCCAUUAAACAGCCAGAUCUAGGAACAGAAAGAGCUGCCUAUUGAUAAUGUGUGGCCCCAAUAACAUUCUGGCUGCCUUGGGCCUAGACAAAUUAGUAGAAGAAUGCCUACUGUAAGUGCUGUAUCAAUUACAACUGACUUGCCUUGCAGUGUUUGAAGGAUAAGGCUGCCUAUGUUUAUCCAGUCUUUACUGUUUAAAUAGACUAGACUCGCACAGGUGUUAGGCUGGCAGCUCUCCAGCUGUUGCGAAACUACAGGUCCUAUGAGGCAUUGCAAGGCUCAGUUACAAGCAUGACUCCCACAGGCAAUGGCAUGAUGGGAUUUGUAGUUCUGCAACAGCUGGAGGGCCACCAGUUAUAGACCCCUGGGCUAGAGCGCAAGUAAGCCUUUACGUCCAAUCGGAAUUAUGCUUUCUUGGAAUUAGCUGCAGUUACUAAAUGUUGUUACCAGGGUUUACUUUCAUCAUUGCCUUUUGCACAGUCUUCAUUGAAUAAGCCUACUUGUAUAAAAAAAAAAAAACAGCACUCCAAAACUUUGUGUAGUAUACCAAUUAUGUUAAGAUUAGAGAUUUUCUGCUGGUUCUUAAACUUAUAGGAAGUGGUAUUUCAGCCAAUGUUCAGGCAGACAAAUACUUGGGACGUGCUGAGACUGCCUAGAAGUACAUAGAAAGGGACUGAAUCAAUGGUUGGGGAUCAUUGCUUUAGUAAUAGAAAUAACAAAUUUAGUUAUCGUUUCCAUUUUUUUUUCCACAAACCAUUUUAUUUCUCCAGAAUGAUUUAUCUCACUUAAAUUGCUUUGUAAAGAUUCAAACUGUUAAUAUAAGGUGAACUUAAGGGAUAUCCUAAAACAUGGCAGCAUUUAACUUUAUAAAGAAAUAUUGCAGCAUUUUGUAAUUAUGCAUGGUUGUGCUCAUGCUUACCAAAGUUCUGCUUUCAAAUCCAGAAAUAGAAUUUAUUCCCUUUUUGAAAAUAUAUUUCAGACAUUGUAAAUGUUUUGCCGACUGAUAAAUUAUACUUAUUGUCAGUUUUUCCAUGUAUCCAAUUUUGCUGGACUGAUAUGAAGUGCUGGAACACCAAUCCCAUUCCAGCUGGCUGCAUCAUUUUAUUAAAUCACAUGAAUCCUUUUAUACUAUAGAAAUGGACUAUAAAUCAAACACACUGAUCUUUGGCUGUUGCCACGAGAUGCUCAGAACAGUUGGGGUAAUUGAGAGCCUCUGUAACGUCAUAUUUAUGUUGAAAUAAAUUGAUAAACAUCUAUGAGUAUAUUAACAAAUUGUACUGAAAUACCACUAAAUUAACCUAUUUUUUUUUAUUGUUUCCGGUUUGUUAAAAGGAAAGUACAGUAUGUGGCUUUUUACUUAGAUGUUGAACUUGUGGAUUAUUUGUGUAUUUGACUUUGGGUUUUUUUUUUUUUUCUUCUUUCUUUUUUAGAUAAAGUAAUUGCAAAGAUUUAUUUGAAAAUUCUAAAAAGCUAUGUAUAUUAUAUAUAAAUAUAUAUAUAUUGUAAACAUAUAUUAAAUGUGUCUAGUAUGGGAUGACUCUAAGGGGUUCAUUUUAAUCUUUUUGUAUUGAGUUCUCAUGUGUACACAAAAGAUGAUGGUAUGGGUAUGAGUAUUUUGCUGUUACAUACUAUAUACAACUACAGCUGUUUCAAUUUGAUGUACAUACAUCUUAAGUUGGCAUGCUUGUUUUACUGACUGUAACAUUUAGUUGAUUAGAAUUUGAAUGUAAGUAAAAACUGGCUAUGUAAACUCAAACCACAAAACCACCUGUUGCUAUAUUGUAGUUUAAUUAGAAGCGCGAUUGAAGGGAAUGGAAGGUGCCUUUUUAUUAGAAAACGCCUUAUGUUUAAGGUAAACUGCUGAUAAGUUUGUAACCAUCUUCCAUUAGGAUUCAGAAUCUGUGAUGUACACAUACCAGAAAUAAACACAGGGGGGGGGGAAGGAAAAACCUUCUCUAAAGACUUUGAAACUUGGACAGAUAAAUGUACACCUGCCCCGGCCACCCUAUUUUUAAUAUUGACUAAUUGAAAAUAAAACUUUUUUUUUUUUUUUUUCCAAGUGUGAUGUAUUGCCAUAUAUUUUGGUUGAAUCAUGAAUUGCACAUUUCUACAUCUUUUUGAGAUUUGAAACAUGCAGCAAAUGCUGCAUUUUUCUUAGCACCGUUAUUUUGUGAAUCUGUACAUAGCUAACAAUACAUUUGAACUGUAGAAAUUUAAAAGCACUGAAAUUUUAGUUUUACGAUCUAUGAUGUUAAAUCAAACAGCUCACAGUUUUGUUUAAAUAUCCUUUUGAAUUUCUGAGUAUUGGUGAUGUGAACUGAAAUAUAGACAAGCGCUGGGUUAACUGGCAGUGGUUUAUUUUUAAUUUGCAAAUCAAUAAAGGGAAAACACAUUCAAAAUAUGUAUUCUAAUCAAUACACUUUUUAUAGCAUUUGUUUUGAAAUGAAUAUAUGUUGAUAAAAUGACAAGUAAUGUUA